AUGAAUAUAUUAAAGGGAAAAAGAAUUAUCACAACAUGUUUAUCGAAUUUUGAAAGAAGGGGAGGUGGCGGGAAAAGUAACAUCUGUGCAUUCCACACCAAGGGAAAGUGGAAGAACAAAAAAAUAAAAGGUGUAGCUGAUAUCAAUAAGGGGACAAACAUUUUAAAAAGUUUAUGUAAUAAAAACAUUAUCAAUCAUUUGGACCCUAUAAGUUUAAUUGAAAAUCUGAAAUACGUAACUGAGUAUAUUGUAAGCGAAGAUGUCAUUAGGAAUUAUCUAAACAGAGUAAAACUCCUAAACGAACAAUGGAGCCUUAACAAAAUAUAUUUCAUUCUAAAAACUGUUGUGAAGUAUAACCUUCGCGAUGUUGUCCUGAUGAACAAGCUGGAAAAGACUAUUAACGAGUUAGUUCCACUGUGUCAAGAAAACAAGGCAGAAAAAGACCCUUUUGAAAAUGUGUAUAUUGUGAGGAUAUCCUACAUCCUACAUGCGUUCUGUCAUUUCGGGUAUGAAAAUUGUGAAGUAGUGAAAACCUUAGUAAACAUUUUAAACACCAAGUUGGACUACAUCAUUUUUCAUAGCAACUAUGUGAGUCCAGUGUUUAACGAUUGUUCUCUGUUAUGUGAGGAAAACGGCCAAUGUGUUGUGAGCGGGGGUGCCUCACAUUCCGCGUUACCCAUGUUGGGUGACACAACCUGUGGCGAAGCAAGGGGCAAUGUAAACACAGUUGAGGUCAGCCAUAUGUUCGACAUGAUUGACCCGUCUUACGUGGAUGAUGAGAGUGGGGUGCGUGCCAACCCGUGUUCUAACCCCGACGUGGAAUGGCCAAGACGCGGAGAAGUCUUUGUGAGGAACAUAAACUUCAACGAGAUCUACCUCAUUGUGAACACCAUGAAGGGCUCGAAGCACACAAAUAAGGUCUUCCAAAACAAGCUCAAAUUUCUGUUUUAUUUUAACUGCAUAAACUUAGACAGGGGGAAUGAUAGCCACUACAAAUAUGUUACCCUUCUCUUCCAUUUCUUUUACGAAGCGGCUGACAUGCAUCUGUCAAACAUUAUGAAAUAUUUUCUAGCAAAACAUGCAGAUAUGAACAAUGUGCAUGAUCUGGUUUUAACGCUGGUCACGGUUUACUACGGGGGAAUGGAAAAAAAAGGGAACCUGAGCAGUAUGAGUACAAGCGAGAAAAUUCCAGGGGACAGGGCAGUUCACAACGAAGCACAUCUUAACAGUACAAAUAGAAAAAACCUGAAAUAUACGCAAAGCGAUGAUAUAAUUAGCAUCAUAGAAGGCAUUCCUUUUAUCUCUAAUGGGAAGAAGCAAAAAUUGAAGGCGAUUCUGCAGUACGUGGAUGAGCACAGCAGUGUUAGAAGUAAGAACUUUGUCGAUAUUGUAUACGAAAAAGUUUUACACGUGUUGAGGCGUAAAUAUGAAGAGGAAGAAUUCGAAACGGAAGAAGCUGGUGACCCUAAGUUGUUGCAAAAUGUUGAAAGAACGAUGAAAAGGAGAGCAAAUGCAGCUUCUGCAUCCCGAAGUAAUAAAUCGAGUGAAUUACAAAGCUUAACCGAGUUGGUCAAAAUUCGCAUCUUCACAUUUGGAGAAGUAGAUUCUUUAUUUUAUUUGUACUUAAAAAAUAAUGUGCACCUUUUUAAUAUAGAUGCGGUACUGAACAUAAUGAAGAGCUUUAUUUUUGUGUACCAAAUGCAGAAUGAGUUGAGCAAAAACUACCAUAGGGUACAUCUAAGUGAUAGAUAUACAAAUGUUGUAAGAAACAAUUUAGGCAAUCUAACAAGUAUGAUCAUUCAAAUGAUUAGCUGCAUGUCCUUGGACAAACUUUAUUCCUUAUGCAGUUUGAAAGAUCUGAGCAUGCUGCUUUAUUUCUUCUACCAAAUAGGUAAUAUUUUUGUGAACCCAAUAUUUGAAGAAUUGUACUUAAAAAAGGUACAAAGUUAUGUAGACAGUAUUGUAAUUACCAAGUUGAAGUUACUUCUGGGUGAAGCAAGACAGGAUGAUCACUCCCAAACUGGCGUCAUCGCAGAUGUGUGUGGGAAAAAAACAGAAGGAGCAUGCAGUGUGAAGACGAGACAGAAUAGCACACAACCUAGAUUACACACAAAUGCAACAUAUUCGAGUGAGAAAAAAGAAGUACUGCAUAAUCGUGGGAGUGACAAACUUGGCGGUGCCAUGCAAAACUCCCUUAACAUACCAAACGGUGGGGAGAAUGAAAGAAAAGACACUGAUGGAUUUUUGCCAAAUGUGCAUUUCCCAAUUAGCGAGUACGAGGAACAGGGCGAUCCAAUUGACGCCCACAUUUUACUGCUGAAUAUGUACAGCAAAAGGGGACAAAACAAAAAUAUAAUUCAUAUGUUGUUGGAGAUAUUGAAUAGGCGCCAAGUAGGAAGGAAAAUAAUGCCUUGCACAAUUUACGUAAAUUUACUAAAUUCCUUUGCCAAACUGAGGUACAGAAAGUUGGAUUUAAUCGACACCUGUUUACACAAAAUUAGUGAACACUCGGGGGAGUUGCAUUUUUUCGAGUACACGAAUUUGCUCAUCUCCCUAUCCAAGCUUAACGUGUUUGCUGUUAAUCUGACUAUGUACGAUGGAGUGUUUUCCCCUCAAGAUGAUCGUGCCCGCCACUGCACUUAUCAGGAGGAGACAAACAGCAUUUUCCUAAAUGAGUACAACGCUGAGGGAACACAACAAUUGGGAGGGGCAAAAAUUGUCCAGAAUUUAAACAAAAUUUUGAAGCAAAUAAAUGAAAGUAUAAGCAACUUUGUUGCCAUCCCAAAUUACAAAAUGGCCAACGUCAUACCAAACAUGCUCAGUAGUUAUACAGUUGUGGGGUUUGACAAAAUUGAUUUUAAAAAUUUGAAUAAACUGUUGGAGUGUUUGCACGAUUAUGUAUUUGGUUACUUCGGAGAAGGACGACUGAGCGAUUUUAGGGGUAGUCCAAGACAUGAUAAAAAAGGCGCUGUUGGCGACACCCAGCUGCAUGAGGACGCAGCUAAGGGCAGUGAACACUCAUAUUUCUACCAAGACAUUCUCACCUGCAUGAAUAAUCCACUCAGAAAAAACCAUUACUGGUACUUUAGUGAAAAAAACAACGUCAUUGUUAGGAAAAGAGACACAAAUGAAACGCUGUAUCUUCCAAUUCAGUGCUUGUACCAAGUGUACGUUUUUAAUGUCUACUUCAUGGCGUACGUGCAGAGCGUAUUUAGUUCUUACGGAUGUGGCAAAGUGGGCUUAGGGGAAUUACCAAAUGGGCAGGCACUAAUUGGCCAAUCUGGUGGAGAAAACAGCUCAUCAAGCCUUCCACACAGUACAAAUUUAUUUUUAAAAAACAGCUCAGUUGUUAAAGAAGCAGAAGCGUCCACCCAUUUAAGCGAACGCAGCAAAUGCAUCCUAAAUAACAUUACUUUUUUUGUCAAGUAUAUAAACAAUUUUUAUAAAAAGAAAAAGUAUGAAAGGUACAAUCUUUGUACGCAGUUUGUGCACAGCUGUGAGGAUAAGGCAGCCUCAAACGAGCAGCUAAUUGAUUACGUAAAAAAGUGUCGCAUGCAAAUGAAGAAGGACAUUUCGAAUGUGCUUUCGUCCAGUUUUCACAGAGAGGUCUUGUCCACGCUGCUUUCACUGGGCUUCAAAAAUGUGCAGUGCGAGGUCCCAUUCAUGGAUGGAAUAUACACAGUGGACAUCGUCAUUAACAAUGCGGUAUGCAUAGAAAUUAACGGAAGCAACCAUUACUACUAUGACAACAACUUGAAAAGGUCAGGUGAAAAACUCGAUGCCCUAAACCUGAUAAAGUAUUACUUGCUGAGCAAAAAGUAUAAAUUAAUUUUGGUCUCUUACCUGGAUUGGAAUAAUCUAAAAAGUGCUGAGGAGAAGAAGGACUACUUGGUGAAAAGGAUCCACACAUAG